AUGACGACAGCUACGAUGCGUUCGGCUUCAGUAGCGGCCUCAAGGCCAUCGCUAAUGGAACUGGCACAGAAUGCUGGCCUGCUACAGCUAAGUCCAUCUGAUUUGGUAUUUGAAGCGAAUCAACCAGGCUUUGCCUACUACGACUUUGUUAUGUCACUAUCCCACCUGCCCGACUGUCUCGGGGAUGGAUUCGAAGUUUAUUUGGCUAAACUAGACCAACAAACCAAUUUGGAAUGGUUUGAAACUUUGAAGAUCUCCAAAGGACAGCUCAAGGUUUGUUUUUGAAAUUUUUUAAAUGUUUUUUAGAUUUUUUUUAUUUUUUGCACGGUGCAGUCAAAAAAUUUUUAUUUUACAGUGUAAAAAGUACAGUAAGAUUUAAGGUUAAAUUUGUACGAAAAAAGUGCUUUUAGACUUUCUACAAUGUCUAGCUGAAUUUUUGACCUAACAUUAUGAUAGGAAAGGGCUUAAAAUUAAAAUUUUAAACUAAAUUUUGCACGGUGCAGUCUUUUUACUUUUCACGAUGCAGGACAAGAAAGGUAAAUAGUAUAAGGUUAAAUUUUUAUGAUAAUAUUAUUUUGAGACCUUUUGCAAUAUCUAAAAUCUUUUUUGAGCCUUAUUUGUUUAGGCAUUGGUUUUAAAAUUCAAAAACUUUUUUAAUUUUUGCACCGUGCAAAAUUUUAAUUUUUUGCACGGUGCACAGCCGAAAAUCAAAAAACUUUAUAAAAACCGGGCCAAUAAACACUUUUUGCAGCAAAAACCCUACUCUUUGACCUAAACCCCCCCUAGUUCAAACUACUGUUGACCCAUUUAGAAUUAUGAAGUCAAUAGCUGCUAUAUUAUUCAUGGCAUUCAGGUUCAGGUGGGAGUCUAUUUCGAAUGCAUUCUUGAGAUUUGAUGCCCGAAUGGUUUAAUAUUGUGUGUGAAUGUGUAAUUACUGAAGUCCUACAGUUUUAUUUUUUUACAAAAAUAUUUUUUGAUUAACGUUCUAGAACGUUUGGUAACGUUCUGAAGGGUAAAAAUCGUAAAAACUUGAGGGUUUCUGUUUUUGAAAACUGGUGAUUUGGUAAUGUUAAGGUUAAGUGGUCAAAGUUUAGUCUAAUAGAGUUAUAAUAGAGCGGAUUAGACAGUUCUAGUAGGCAUGUUAUAGUAGGUACGUAGGAUAUUAUUAAAGCUUUUGUAAGGGUUCAAUCCGUAAUAAGCCUGUAUUUAUAUUUUUAGGUAUAACGUAAUCAAAAAGUUUAAAAAAUCUUUGUUUCAAAUUUCAAAAACUUUAUUUUCGUAUUUUGAAACCACUUUUUUAAAACUUGCACUGUGCAAAAUAAAAUUCUUUUUUUGCACCGUGCAAACGAUUUUAAAAUUUUUUCUAUUUAGGUACUUUUAAAUCAAAAAAGAAGUCCAAAAGUAAUGUCACAUAUUGUAUGAAGGCUAAGAAUGGUAUUGGCCAUGACACUUUAGCUAAAAUAUUACCAAAUUUUUUUAAACUUUGAAAUUUAAAUUUUAUGACUGCACCGUGCAAAAACAAUAAUUUUUUCAAAAAAUUUUAAUUAAAAAAAUUUUUUUUAAAUUUUUUCAAAUUUGAACUAUUUUAAAUUUAAAAUUUUUUAAAAUCUAAUUUUUUUCUUUUCAGGAGCACAACCUCCCCUCAACCGAGCUAGCCAUCAUAACCUUGGGCGUCCUGACCUGGAGAGAAGAGCUACGUCAAGCCCGGCUCCUUUGCCUUGUCAGCCAACUCCAUGGACCUUCAGACGAACAAACCCCAGCUCUCGAAGCACUGAAACGAGCUUGUGGCAAGUUCAAGUGUGUACAUCACGUCAUGGCUACGGGAGAACGACGCUCUUCGCUGGGAUCGUUAGAAUCCAAGAAGGAGCAACACUUCAAGGUUUCUGAAUCUAUGAAGCUGCGAGUGUUGAUGUGUCAGACUCGAACUGAGCACACUCAACUACCUCAGCAGGCCAUUCGAGAGGGAAAGUACUUGUUGACCGCUGGUGGGAAUCCAUUCUUGUGUCUCUGCUUUCCUCUCAGUUGA